AGGCCGGCCUGGCGCUCUUGGCCGUUCCCCCCCUACCCAUACCGGCUCCAACGCUACCGUUAGUUCUCGAUCGUGUCGUGCUCAGGCGGCUCGCGCAGCCAGCAGGCGUGGACUUGGAGUCGGCAGCACCAGACUUAGUAGUGCCACAGGCAGGCCGGCGCCAUGGUGUGGCUGUUCGGUGCCAGCUGUCGCAGCAACGCGCGCCUGGACGGCAAGCGCGCCGUCGUCACGGGUGCCAACACCGGCAUCGGCAAGGAGACGGCCCUGGACCUAGCGGCCAGGGGCUGCCGGGUCGUCCUGGCGGUGCGCGACACUGCCAAGGGCGAGCGCGCGGCUGCCGACAUCCGCAAGAAGCUGAGCAGCAAGCGGCGCGCGAACCUGGCCGUCGGUGAGGUGACCGUCGAGCACUUGGACCUGGCGUCGCUCAAGUCUGUGCGCGCGUGUGCGCUCCGCCUGCUGAACAGCGAAGAGCCGGCCAUUCACAUCCUUAUCAACAACGCCGGGGUGAUGGCGUGUCCGAAGGCCUACACCGAGGAUGGACACGACCUGCAGUUCGGCGUCAACCACCUGGGCCACUUCCUGCUGACAACGUUGCUGCUCCCGCGACUCAGGGCUUCGGCGGGCACCACGGCUGACGGCGAGCCCGACCCCGCCAGGGUCGUGAACGUCAGCUCCGUCGCCUAUAGCUUUUCCCGGAUCGACUUCGAAGACUUACGCUUCGAGCACGGCUACCGACCAUUGCUCGCGUACUCCCGGAGCAAAUUGGCCAACAUGCUUUUUACGCGUGAACUUGCCAACCGGCUAAAAGAGCACUCCACACCCGGUGUCACGAGCUACUGCGUGCACCCCGGGGUCGUUGCGACCGAGCUGUUUGAGCACUUCGACACGUUCAUCAUCCCGGGGACAAAGUUCUUCCUGGACAACGUGGGACGCUUUUUCAUCAAGACGCCGCGGCAAGGAGCACAGACAAGUCUUUACUGCGCCGUGAGCAGAACAGCGGCGCAUCAGUCCGGCCUGUACUACGUGGACUGCAGCGUUUCGACGCCCUUUGCCAUUGGCAGAGACGACGAGGCCGCCAAGCGGCUGUGGGACGUAAGUUGCGAGCUGGUGGGGCUACGUGGUUACGACCCGCUUGGCACUGAAGACCCACCCACUUCACUGUUCACCUAGCCGCAAAGAGGGGACGCCAUCUGACAGUAUUACUGGUAGCCGUAUGUGUUCGCAAUGUCACUUAAAAGUGUUGUAUUAUUGCAGUAUGCAGUAAUUGCUGCAAUUUUUGGCCGUAUUUUAUGAAUAGUUAUCUGAAAAAAAAAACUACAUUAA